AUAAAUAAAAAAAUGAAAUAUAGGUAAUAUCUCUGAAACGAAUUUAAUUUUUAGCGUGUCUAUACUUCGUUAGUAUUAUAAGUUUAUUAGUUACUACAUUUUUUUAGUAAUGAACCAAAAUCUUAUAACUUUCUUUCGUACAUCUUUUACAUCUUUCUCACAUUUACGUAGGCUACGUCUUUUAAACAUUUUUUCACUUUACCAAAACAAACGUACUUGAGCGCAACCUUUUUUGGCAAUAUUUAAGUACCGACCUCAUUUGUGCAAUGUCAGAAUAAAACGUCACAGAGAAAGGGUGUUUUGUCAAGAUUGCGUAAAUAAGAAAUAUCGGGCGUUUAUAUUUGUUUACUUUUGUAUUUUAGGUUUGUGUUGAAUCGUUGUUCGUUUUGAUAAGGGUUUACGGAAAUUGGAUAUUGUUGUGAGUUAUGGCUGACAACUUGCCGUUGAUACCCGGCAAAGGGUCAGUAUGUACGGACGUCCGCGGCAUCCUGCGCACGGUGUUCAAGGAGCUGGACUACCUGCCACCGCUGGCCGCCGACCAGCCGCCCGCCGACGCGCCGUCGCCGGAUGGAUGGAUAGAAAAAUACAAAUCGGAAUGUAAGGAGAUUUGGAGUCACGAGGGCGAGUUGAAGGAUCAGCACGCGAAGAGGAUAUCUCACGAGCCGCUGCCGAACAUCUUCAAGUUGUUCGGGGAGGGCUCGGCGCGCGCGCAGCCGGCGUGGCGGCUCCAGCGCGGCCUGCUCGCGCGCGCCGACCUCGUGCCCAACAUCGAGCAGGAUGCAGGCCGUGAUGGGAGCCUGUGGAUCAAGAACGCGCUGAACGUGAGUUCGUGCGAGGUGGUGUCGCCGCAAGAGAAGCGCGCGCCGCCCGCCGCCGCGCACGGCUCACGCCUCGCCAUCUUUGACGACUUCAGUCUGCAAACUCUCAGUAUCGGUAAGAUAGUGGUCCGCCCCCCGCCGCCGCCGCCCGCGCCGCCCCCCGUGCCGCCGCAGCCGGACUACAUGCUCUGCGUGCCGCCACAACUUGAUUUCAUCAACUUCACUAUUGGACACUUGCAUACUCAAGGUCUCCGGCUGGUGAACGUGUCGAAGUUCGAGAUCCGCCUGUCGGUGCGUCCCCCGCGGCGGCGCGAGCUGGACGUGGAGCUGUGCGGGCCGCGCGGGCUCACCGUCACGUCGGGCGCCGCCGCCGAGUUGCGCGUGCACUUCCGACCCAGCGACGUGCGCGCGCUCUCCGACACGCUGCUCAUCAGAGUCUCCAUGGGCAGGGACUUCGUCGUGCCCAUAGCCUGCUACAUGCAGCCGCCUAUCUUAGACAUCCUGAUCCCGAGCGUGACGUCGUCGGUGUUGUCGUGCCGCGCGGGCUCGCCGCAGUGCCCGCCGCAGCACGGCAGCGACGUGCUGGAGCUGGGCGCGCGCCUGCUGGGCGACGUGCACUGCGCGCGCGUGCUGCUGCACUGCGCCUCCGACCACGCCGCCUUCUUCAUGCUCACCGAGGACGCCUGGGUCUCCUUCACGCUAGACUGCCUGAGCAGCCGCGGCUCGGUGGUGGCGGGCCCGUUCGUGCUGUGGCCGGCGUGGUGGAGCGGCGGCGGCGUGGUGCGCGGCUGCGCGUGGUGCCGCGCGCCGCGCGCCGGCCUGCACGCCGCCGCGCUGCGCGUGCUCAGCUCCACGGCCGUCAUCAGGCAUCUGCACGUGCUCGCCGACUCGCUGCUCUUCAAGCCAGAACAUCUCACCAUCGAGGUUACUAUCAACUGUAUCAACUACAUGCAAGAACUCUACUUGCCUGAGUGA